UUCAAUUUGAUUCCAUUUUCACUCGGAGUCGUGUUGCUUUCUUGCGCUGUUUUUCAUUAUAAAUUGAUAUAAAGGGCUGUGACGUCACAAUUGUGCGAGCGAGCUGUGAAUGCUGCUGCUUGUACUACAGCUAAUUGAAAUAAACGUAAAAGUAACUAUGAAUAAGUAUAAACAACGUAGACAUAAAACAUGUAAUUGAUAAGUUAAUAUUUUACAAAGAAAAUGCAUUUUGAACAUGCAAUUGUUUACAUUUAAUCAUUUAUUUCCCACAAUUAGGUGUCGAAUAUCGUGUUAAUCGGUUGUGCUGUAUCCAGGCGGAUAAGCAACACUAAUAGUUAUAAUUCUGUUUCCUCGCUAGCUAGUUUUUGAUUGAAAGUUACCUUUGCCUAAUCGCUAGAUUAAAACCACGGACUGUUCCUUUACAUCCGCACUGGUCUCGCACUGAGCCGAUUGAACGAGAACAGGAAGUGCUACUCGGAUAAUACUUCCAGGUAGCCAUCUACUACCCGUAAGUAGGCUAACAACCUGCUAUUUAAGGCAUUUUGGCGCAAUGGGACUGUUCGGUAGAACACCGGAGAAGCCACCGAAAGAUCUGAUAAAUGAGUGGACCCAGAAAAUCAGGAAAGAAUCAAGAACAAUCGACAGACAAAUUCGAGAUAUUCAAAGGGAACAGGAAAAAGUGAAGCGAUCCAUUAAAGAUGCUGCCAAAAAGGGUCAGAGGGACGUCUGUGUGAUUCUCGCUAAGGAGAUGGUUCAGUCAAAACGAGCCGUCACAAAGCUCUACUCUUCUAAAGCCCACCUCAACUCUGUAUCACUCAGCAUGAAGAAUCAGCUUUCUUUAUUGCGUGUAGCUGGGUCCCUGCAGAAGAGCACAGAGGUGAUGAAAGCCAUGCAGAGUCUUGUCAAAGUCCCAGAGAUACAGGCCACCAUGCGAGAUCUAUCAAAGGAGAUGAUGAAGGCUGGGAUCAUUGAGGAAAUGCUAGAGGACACAUUUGAGAGCAUGGAAGAUGGAGAGGACAUGGAAGAGGCGGUGGAGGAGGAAGUUGACAGGAUCCUCUUUGAGAUCACAGCAGGUGCCCUCGGCAAAGCCCCCAGCAAAGUCACAGACGCCCUGCCCGAGAUGCCCUCCGGGGCCACCGCAGCCUCAGAGGACGAGUCCGAGGAAGACAUUGAAGAAAUGCAGUCCAGAUUGGCAGCGCUUAGGAGCUAAGGGGCUUUUUGUUUGAGACAAUAUCGGCUGAACUUUUGCAGUUAUGAGCAUCGUCCCUGCAGCUUGCUCUAAUCUUGUUCCGCCUAAUCAUUUGGGGUUAUCUUUGUGCUUGGGUCAUUCAUGUCUGUUUGGAUUUCGUCAGAGGUUUUUUUGCUCUUAUAUUAUCAUUGGUAACCCCGAGUAAGAUUACUAUCCAAAGUCAAUUAGAAGGUUUGAGAAAGUGUAAAUAAUGUAAGUAUGAAAAGCCUACUGUGCCUAUAGUGCUUCAUCUUACUCUUCUGUCCUAUGUUAUGGAUGCCAUGGUAUUGUUGGGUGUUUGUUUCCAACUCGCCAAUGACAAAGUGGUCAUUGAAAUGUUACCAUCACUAACUAGUCCUAAACUAAAACACUAGAGUUGAUGGGUGCAUUUCUUUUUAAUAGACUUCUGUGCAGUUGGUGUAUGUCUUUACCAUAUAAAAUACACUCGUCAUAAAAUGCAUGCAUACUCCCCUAACUAAUUUGUGCGUUAACGCUCGGCAGAUCCAAAGUUUGUUUCAUGAAUGAGGAAAAUUCAAAGUGCAAAAGCACGGAAAUGGCUGGUUAUUACAGGGAAACUGUAUUGUGAAAGUGCAAUGUGUGAAUAUUUUUUUCUAUGUACAUGGGGUAAAAGAAUAAGGAAAUAAACUUUUAAGGACUA